AUGGCCAUGCCUCCGUUCCAACACACACCUGGGCACUGGUCCUCAUCUCACGUCGAUGUGCCUCAAACGCGGGCAACUGCCCAAGCUUUGACUUCCGCCCUUAGCGGGCGCGACACAAGCCAGAUUGAGUUGCAAGGGUAUCAAGCUGCGGUACGAUGCUCGUUUCUGAUGACGGGUUCCAAGUUUGGGAACGCUGUGCAAUCGACGGGUGUUGUAACAUGUGUUGUACUCUACAUCAUCUACAUCCAGUACACCACAUCGGCUGCCAUGUGCUGUGGUGAUCAUUUGUCCGUUCGGGCUUGGGACCUCGAUGAAUCCGUGUCAGGAUCUGGUUCCGUCCGCGUGUCUCGUGGCGGACGUCAUUCGAAGACGACUGUCCUUGCGAUAUCAAAAUCGGGCUUCAAACCUGUUCUAUGGCUCAUCCUGAUGACAAACAGCAGUGGGCGGACACCCAUGUUUGGUCGCACUGAUUGUGGCCUUCUUCGCAUGCUCUCCGCUUUCCGUCGGAUGCAGUGCCACGACAGACCGUCUUUCUUUCAUGCUGCGAUUGUGCACGAGCAAACACUGGUAUCAAUAUGUGGACAUGUCACCAUCACUAAACAGGCAAGGUCGAUGACAGAUCAGCCUUACGCCGACCUCUGGUGCUUGCCUCGUCUAUCGUUUGUGUCUGUGGGCAAGCUAGAUUGGUGCAGAUCUCGACCAAACAAACCCUUCCUAGACCCUCGGGGCUUCCCAGGUGCAGUACGCUCCGAAUUCAUCGCCUAUGCAGCCUCUGUAGCCGUGCUGCGCGACGAAGUAUGA